CUCUGUUCUUUCUUUCCCCUGUUUUGUGGCGACUAGCGACUGGCGAGAUGCAAAGCAAAGCAACUGUCUUGUUGUUUUGCUGAUUGUGGUGUGGACUGUGGAUGUUCUCAGCGGCGGGCGGGAAACGGGAAGAAUGAUGAGAGGUUGUGAUUAUUUGACUUAUCCCCAUUGAAUGUUUUGAAAAGACUGAAACAGAAGAAGAUCAUGGACUGUGGUUCAGAUAAAAGAACUGCGUCUAAAUUUUCCCCAGAUUUCAGCAUACCCAGAAAAGGGCGCUGGGGAAAAAGAAGAAGAGGAGAUCACCCUAAAAACCCAUGGCGAGAAUGGUUUCAUUACAGCAACAAGCCACGCACCCUGGUUUCUCUCUUCUCACUUCUUCCCUCUCUGAUUUCAAUGGCGCUCGCCUCCAUUCUCAGCUCCAGUUCAAGAGGAAGAUGGGUCUGCAAAACAGAGGAGCAUUGCAGGUCAGUGCCUCCAACAGCUCCAAGAACAUUCUGAUCAUGGGUGGCACUCGAUUCAUUGGUAUCUUCUUGUCAAGACUUCUUGUUAAAGAAGGCCAUCAGGUGACGUUGUUUACUAGAGGGAAGGCACCGAUUGCCCAGCAAUUACCAGGCGAAUCAGACCAGGAUUUUGCUGACUUCUCAUCUAAGAUAUUGCAUUUGAAAGGAGAUAGGAAAGACUCCGACUUUGUGAAGACCAGCCUCUCAGCCAAAGGCUUCGAUGUUGUCUAUGAUAUCAAUGGACGUGAGGCUGUUGAAGUUGAACCCAUCAUAGAAGCUCUACCAAACCUAGAACAGUUUAUUUACUGCUCUUCUGCUGGAGUCUACCUGAAAUCUGAUCUCUUACCCCAUUCUGAGGUGGAUGCGGUUGAUCCCAAGAGCAGGCACAAGGGGAAGCUCGAGACAGAGAGCUUCCUAGAAUCGACGGGAGUCAACUGGACAUCUAUAAGGCCAGUCUACAUCUAUGGACCUCUAAACUACAACCCUGUGGAGGAAUGGUUCUUCCACCGAUUGAAGGCUGGUCGCCCCAUCCCAAUUCCCAACUCCGGGAUCCAAAUGACCCAGCUUGGCCAUGUCAAGUUUUAUGAAACAAAUGAUUCAUGGCUUGUUAAUAUACAGGAUUUAGCAACAGCAUUCGUUACGGUGCUUGGGAAUGAAAAGGCCAGCAAGGAAGUGUUCAACAUAUCUGGUGAGAAGUAUGUAACGUUUGAUGGGUUGGCUAGAGCAUGCGCCAAGGCUGGUGGGUUUCCAGAGCCCGAGCUUGUUCAUUACAACCCGAAGGAGUAUGAUUUUGGGAAGAAGAAGGCAUUCCCAUUCCGCGACCAGCAUUUCUUUGCGUCAAUCGACAAGGCGAAACAUGUUCUUGGCUGGAAGCCGGAGUUCGACCUGGUAGAGGGUCUGACGGAUUCGUACGAGCUAGAUUUCGGGAGGGGGACAUUCAGGAAAGAGGCUGAUUUCUCGACGGACGACAUCAUCCUUGGGAAGUCUCUUGUCACGGCAUAGAAGACACCCUCCGGCUCCCUUGAUUUGCUUGGCGGAGUCUGCUCUACACUUGUACACUACUACACCUUUUGUAAUUGAGAUGUAGAACGAAUGAGCAUUCACCAGAAGCAAGAAUGCAUUGGAAAAUGAAAACCAGCUUGCCUUUCAACUCUGAUUUUAGUUCAACAGUCAGGUCCUGUAGCAUGCAGUAUUUGCUAUUAGAGUGUCGAGUAAGUCUUGACAAGUGCACCUAUCAUUAUCAAUGUGUCUAGUCUAACAGCAAGCUGAUAGAAACCUAUUCCCGACGGGUUUCCAUUAUAAUUAGGCCUAAUACAAAAAAAGGUCCAUAGUUUGGAGUUUGGGUCAUUUGUACCUAAUAGAAUUGUAAGAACGAUUUGCGGAAUAAGAACGACACAGGAUUUUGCGUGGU